AUGGCCAAGCGUCUGAAAGAUGGCCUGCUGUGCGCGCUGAAGAAGAUCAAUAUCUUCGACACCAUGGCCCCGAAGCAGCGCGAGAAGUGCCUCAAGGAGGUGCGCCUGCUGGAGUCGCUCGACCACCCCAGCAUCGUGAAGCUCCUCUGCUCCAUCGUCGACAGCAACGAGCUGCUCAUCAUCGUGGAGUGGGCAGAAAAGGGGGACUUGAAGCGGCUGAUCCGCAAGAUGCUGCAGAACGAAAGCCGCUUCUCGGAGCGGGAGUGCUGGGAGUACAGCAGGCAGCUCCUCGGGGCGCUGGACCACAUGCACGGGAAGAGGAUCAUGCACCGAGACCUGAAGCCCGCGAACAUCUUCGUGUCGCAGGACGACUCGCUCAAGCUCGGCGACCUUGGCCUGGGCAGGUUCUUCAGCUCGCACACGCUCGAGGCCUUCUCGAAGGUGGGCACCCCGCUCUACAUGUCCCCGGAGGUCCUCCGCGGGGCCGGCUACGACAUGAGGUCGGACGUGUGGUCGUUGGGGUGCGUGCUUUACGAGCUCGUGGUGCUCAGGUCGCCGUUCAAGAGCGAACAACAGGUGAGCCUCUACGACCUCUUCGUCCGCAUCAGCAAAGGCCAGUACCCGCCCAUGCCCGACACGCUGUCGGCCGAGUUCCGCCGGCUUGUCAGCGGCAUGCUGGAGAUCGAGCCCACCAGGCGGCCGGACAGCGCCCAGGCGCUGCAGGUCUGCACCGCGCGGUGCGGGCAGCUGGCGCCGCGCCCGCGGCCGGCGGCCGCCCUCGCUGGCCGAGCAGCGCCC